AUGCAGUUGCUUACAAAAACAAUGUCGAUCUUGUCUCCGGUGCUACUUUUGGCCAAUGUAGCCCCGAACAGGAGGACUCGUCUUCAUACGACCCAUACUAUCUGGAUGACCCUGAGCUAAAAACAGGAAAGAACAGAACGGUCAUCUCUCUGGCGUGCUACAUGGGCUCCGUCAUUCAAUAUACUCGACCGUCCGAUCUGAAACGAGAACUCAACGAGCACUUUCGCUCACGACACCCGACAAUCGACCCAUCAAUUACCUUGUCAAAAAUUCGCAAGGUUAAGAGUGAUAUUUUAGCAAUAUCGGAGGAGCUGGACUUAGAAAUUUCGACGGCCGCUUUGGCCUAUGCCUACUUUGAAAAGCUAAUACUAAAAGGCAGCUGGAAGGGCAAAGACGGACAAGGACUAUCGACUGAAUCGACUUCGUCGCCUGUGACCAAAGAGAACCGGAAGUUGAUGGCCUGUGUAUGUUUGCUGCUGGCCUACAAAGUAAACGAGCCAAAAAGGCCCCCAGGAGAGUUUACGGCGCUCAUGAAACAAAUGACAAAGCACAUGUAUGUCAGCGCAAAGGAUAUCAAGGAGCAUGAGUUCCAGGUCUUUGCCCUGCUCGAGUUUAAUCUAUAUCUCCCCCGACAAGAAUUCCUACCGCACUUUGAGCAGAUCCUCUACCGCCAAGACUACAUCAAUGUGCAGGAAUAUCUAGGAGAGGACGAAUUCUACUCCGUGGCACCACAGCAGCGCAAAGUUGUAGAAUAAUAAAUGACGGCCGCAUCAAAGCCAUUGAAGUAAACCAUUACGGACCUUCGCUU